AUGGGCAGCCUUCAAACGGUCGUUUGUGUCAAAAAGGUGAAGCAAGAAGCCAUGGAGGACUGGGACGAGACCAUGCCGCUUCCGGGAGAUGUAAUUGAAGGCGUUGCAGAAGGUGACGAUGACGAGCUGUUUGUUUCGGCAAAGGCCAAGUCCGAUCUCAGUGCCCAUUUGGGCAAGAUCAACCAACAGUUUGAGGUUGUGUGGCUGAAGGUGAAGCGUGGGGAUGCCACACUUAAGCUAAGAGCACGUAUCAUCCAAGAGAAGGUGUCGAUUCUGCACAAAAAGUUCACCAUUAGAGCUGCAACCGAUGAUCGACAUGUUGCGGUACUCGGGGAUCUCACGUUGGACCAGUGCUCUGAAUUGCAGGAAAUGAGUAGAAGAAUAUCAAAUCCAGAUGGUGGGGAAUUCAACAGAAGAGGUGUGAAGUAUGAGUGGAGGAAGAAACUCGCCCUGCAUCUUCCCGAUCAUCGUUCUACGGUCAUAAGCUCCAUUCUGUUCAAUCCGCUGGAGGGCGAGCACUCCAUCGAGGCCACAACUAGCCGGUGUAUGGCCUGGUUUUGUGCUGCAGUUUCUUCAGGAGCACCUCUUGUCUUUGUCAAUAUUCAAUCAGAACAGAUAGUUAACAUAACUCCGGAAAAAAAUAAGAACACAGGAAAAGAAUCAUGGUGGAGCGGCAAGCAACAAAACAACACUCCAAACCUGAAGGUCGUACAUGGGAUAAGGCUAUGGUUUCUGCCUGGAAUAUCAGAAGUUCCACUCGAAAUGGUUCCUGUGCCUGGGGAAGUUCGAUUCGGAAUGGAUAUCCAAAGAACCGAAGAGGGUUUCAUCUGUGUCAGUGCAGUGACAAAAGGUUCCGCCGCUGACCGUUGUGGACUGAACAGCCUCUUGGAAGAAGCAAAGGCAAACAACUAUCUCCUGUUAAUUUCUCGAUUAGAAGGAAAGAGUGUAAUCCCAUCAAACGUAAGCUCGACCGGGCUAAUUCACUGCUGCGACCACUCCGAGAUAAGAAGCACUCUUGUUUCUGCCAUGGAUAGAAUGGACAGUGUGAAGCUCCAUAUCAUGGCUUUGCCUGAAAGUUCUGAUGCUGCUCAAGCAAAUGAAACCUCUAAAGCUUCAAACGACCCAAAAAUUUUUCCGUUAAAAGAACAUCACAAUAAUCUUAGCAUUCAAUAUAAUGUAAGCUGA